CUUUGAUUCUAAAACCUGUUUCAGCUUUCAAAUAAGCAUCAAUGUCUCUUAGUUAAGGUAUUUUAUAUUUAAGUCCUAAAGCAUUUUCUAUUUUUUCUAAAUUCUUGAGGUAUCUUUCUGAUAAAAGUGCUUGACUUUAUCCUCUUAAAAUGGAAUACAUCUUUUUCCAGGUUGCUUCCUCUUCUUCAGUAUAAUCAAUUUAUGGAAUAAUUUAUCCAAAGACGUGCUGUUCAGAAAUGUUAGCUAUUAAUUCCCUUCUUUAUCUGUAUUUUUUAUCUGUAAAUUGAGGAUGAAAUUAGUUAUUUUCUUCAUUAACCACCAUUAGAAGACCAACUUUAAAAUAUAUAAUCUUAAUACGUGAUUUAAGAUCAUCUUCGUUUCUUGGAUACCAUGGAACAACUGGAAUAUCAGUGCUUUUAUUAAUCCAAACCUAUUCAUGGGUACGCUAUAGUUCUGAAACUAAUGUAUUAAAUUUUAAUGUAUCCAAAAUCUCAAAAGUCAACUUUAAGAUAGUCUUUUAAUCACUAUAAUAGAGGUAUUAAAGUUACAUUUCAGUGCGAUUCAAUAUCAAGGUUUAAACAUCUGAAAAUUUAAUUUUAUGAAUCUAGCAUAAUUCACAAAUUUUCAUUAAGCUAGAGCAGUUAUCUUUUGUAACGAUUUCCAGAUCUUGAAGGGAAUCAAUAAUAAAGUUCCUUUUAGGGAAAAAGGAUGAAAAUUUUGAUUAUAUCAACUAUAAUUUAUUAAACAUAUUAAGAUCAUUUAAAAUUAAUAAUCUCAGUUAAAUAACAUUAUAAUUAUUUUUUUAAUUAUCUGAGUUGA